AUGUCGCCAUCUACCGCUCACAUAUCGAGCCAACUGCGGCAAUUGAUAUAUUAUCACCUCGAUAACAACUUGGUGCGAAACGCGCUAUUCCUGGCCGGCCGGUUGCACGCAUACGAGCCUCGCGCAUCCGAAGCGUCCUAUUUACUCGCUUUGUGCCAUCUCCAAAACGGCCAGGUCAAAGCCGCAUACGAUUAUAGCAAAAACUUUGGAUCACGAGGGACGCAUCUUGGUUGCGCGUAUGUAUUCGCGCAAGCUUGCCUGGAUCUGGGCAAAUACCUUGACGGCAUCACGGCGCUGGAACGAAGCAAAAGCCACUGGGCUUCCAAAAAUCAUUGGAACAAGCAUAGCGAGACGCGCAGACAACAUCUUCCGGAUGCGGCAGCAGUUCUAUGCUUACUGGGUAAGCUGUGGCAUGCUCACAAGCAAAAUAACAAGGCGGUAGAAUGCUAUGUCGAGUCGCUGAAGUUGAAUCCGUUCAUGUGGGACGCGUUUCUGGGCCUCUGCGAAACUGGGGUCAAUAUCAGAGUCCCUAAUAUCUUCAAGAUGAAUCCAGAGUUUCAUGCCUUAGUAUCAUCUUCGUCGCAAGAGGAUCUGGAUAUACCUUCUGAGAAGACGAUACAUACUAGCGGUCCCCUGCAACCGCAAGCUAAAGCGAACUCGAGCAUGGAUCCAUUCACAUCAUUAACGUCUCGAAGCGACACUGCAGCCACACAUGGCAGUUCAGCGCUUUGGGAAAAGCUAAAUGGCAGCACAGUCAGCGUCGCUUCAGCAGGGUCCGGCACGGCUCCGGCAGUCCGGGAGGGCACUGAGACUCCCGGAGGUCAGACUAGUGAGUCGGACGAGAUUCGUGGGCUCAAUAGGACAGGUAGCGGCGAAGGCAAGUGGGACCCGCCCCUGGCGCCUGCUCGGAAGAACAGGACGAUUCACGCAAUUGGCGUCGACCAUACGAUGGACUCGCCACCAAAGAUGAAACCGACCGGGAUCCGGCCACGGACGCGGACACGCGUUGAACCAGAAGAGCAGAACGGCUCACAUCCAGAUAAAGACGCCGUCAACGGCGCUCGUGUGGGCGAUCGCAAACGAAAUGUUUCAGGCCAAGUGGCUCACCCUUCCUUGUUGCCGCCUUCCGAGCCAGGGGCACCGCAACGGCGGAGCGUUCGACUCUUCAAUCAGAUCAAACCCACAACUAGUAAAUUAGCUAAUACGACUCUUGGGGCCAAGGAUGGUAGGGAGCUCAAGAAGGUCAAGGCCACCAGCACUAAGAGUCGCACCGCCGCAGGCGCAAAUCUCAAUCGUGUUGUGAGCGGUUCCCGGAAACAACUUAAUGAAAUUCACGACGGUGAAGUUAGGGAGCAUCGAUCAGGGACGUCGGCGUCGAAUGGCGUGCAUCAUCCUCCUGCGAAAGGAACGCUCCUAGAAAGGUCAAAGGCGAUGGAGGCUCUGAACUGGCUGCUAGAGCUCUUCUCGAAGCUCGCCUCGGGCUAUUUCGCCCUCUGCCGUUACAAGUGCCCCGAAGCCAUUCAAAUAUACACAGCCUUGUCUCAAGGGCAGCGAGAGACCCCUUGGGUGCUUUCGCAGAUUGGGAGGGCAUAUUACGAGCAAGCCAUGUACUCAGAAGCGGAGAAGUACUUUGCUCGGGUCAAGGCCAUGGCACCGGCGAGGCUAGAGGAUAUGGAAAUCUAUUCGACUGUCUUGUGGCAUCUCAAGAGCGAUGUGGAACUGGCAUACCUGGCUCAUGAGCUUAUGGAAAUCGAUCGCCUCUCACCUCAGGCCUGGUGUGCUGUGGGUAACUCUUUUUCUCAUCAACGUGAUCAUGAUCAAGCCUUGAAGUGCUUCAAGCGUGCGACGCAGUUGGAUCCUCAUUUUGCCUAUGGAUUCACUCUACAGGGACACGAAUAUGUGGCCAACGAGGAAUACGACAAAGCUCUGGAUGCGUACCGGCAUGGGAUCAGUGCCGACAAUCGGCACUAUAAUGCCUGGUACGGGUUAGGAACGGUAUAUGAUAAGAUGGGUAAGCUUGAUUUUGCCGAGCAACACUUCCGCAACGCGGCCACGAUCAACCCGACCAACGCUGUGCUCAUUUGCUGUAUCGGUCUGGUCUUGGAGAAAAUGAACAACCCCAAGGCGGCGCUCGUCCAGUACGGUCGUGCUUGUUCUUUGGCUCCUCAUUCGGUCCUUGCUCGCUUCCGCAAGGCCCGUGUGUUGAUGAAGCUCCAGGAGCUCAAGCUAGCGCUGGCAGAGCUCAAGGUCCUCAAAGACAUGGCUCCCGAUGAAGCCAAUGUUCACUAUCUUCUGGGCAAACUCUACAAGAUGCUACAUGAGAAAGCAAAUGCCAUCAAACAUUUCACGACCGCCUUGAACUUGGAUCCAAAGGCGGCACAAUACAUCAAGGACGCUAUGGAAUCCUUGGAUGACGAUGACGAAGACGACGAGGAUAUUGCAUGA